UUGUUUACCGCUUGGUUAUAUUUUGGUGAUGUGCUACAUAACAGAUACAUCAACUUUUUGGCAGCUUUGGCACUUUAUGCACUGGGACAGUGGCUGUUUAUUACAGCUCUUAGUUCGUGACAGUGCCUUUACCAGCGAGAAUUGGUCGGCCCCAUGAGGUGAGUAAAAGUUUUUUUUUGCUAUAUUGAUAGGUGAUUCGUAUUUGUAAAGCGACAAGAUCACAAUUUGAUCGUUCAUUUAGUGUUCAAAAUAGCACUUCAUUCGAUGACAUGCAUCGUAAACCCAUCGACUGCGAGAGAGGAAAUGAAACUGCAAUCAGCUGUAGAACUCAGCUGUUCAACGGUUUCUGGAUGAUAAUUAAUCGACUUAUUAAUUGGCCGACGAUAGCGUGUAAACGCAUGAGGACAGAGCUGUGGUUUUGUACCAUGCUCAUACUUGUGCACAGUGUUUCGAGAAAGAUAUUGUACAUUUGGCACAACGAUGGCGCAAAAGAAAAAUCUGAGGGUUACGAGAGGAUUCGAUCCUCAGACUCUAAGACUUUGCGUUGGACUGCUCCAACCACUGAGCUCGUUAACGAGUCAGGCGAAUCAAAGCACCCUGUUCAAAUGUCACAGGCAUUCUGCAUAAUCAAGUACAGUAGGAUCAGUAAUGUUGUAUGCAUUCAUCGUAGAGUCAUGUACUUAUUAACAAAUAGAGAAGCCUUGACUGUGCUCUGUUCUGUUAGAAAGCACGCAGGAAGCGGCUAGAGCACGAAAGAAGUGUAGGGAGAAACACGAGACGUAGUCGAGUGUUUCUUCCCACUUCUUGAGCGUGAAUUAAUCUUUAAAACUAGGACAUCUAUUUUGUUUUUCCUUUGAGGAUUUUCGCAUCUGCUCACGUUUUAAUAACGUAAAUUACGGCGCCUGGUAUGUUUACAAACCUUUAUUUGGUUCUUCUGUUGCUACUUGCCGGCUCGCUUGUUCCGAAACUUCACUUUCAAUUAUCGGAAAAAAGCUAAAAAGAAGUCCCGGAAAAGGUCGAACAUAGUACAAUUUGGCAGAUGGCGUGACAGCUUUAGCUCAGUUCUAUGCUCUAUACUCUCAUAGAGCACGCUCUUUCAACCAAUGACAGCGCGCGUGGUACAUGGUAUUUUUUUUGUUCAUUCAGAACCCUAUAAAGAGCCCAUGCAGGUUGACAUAGCACUAGAGGGUGAUUAUCCUCCUUUAGAAGACAAUUUCACCUUUGAAUCUGCAACUCUGGUAGGAAAACCUUUACAUCUGUCUUUGAGAAUAACAUAAAUCUAUUUUUUUCUAUUAAAGCAUCUCAGUGGGUCAGCAUCUUACAGCUGUAAGUCCUCAAAUAAGAUUAGCUGGACACUCUUAAACAGUCUAGAUUUUUACAAUACAGACCAGAAUUUUUUCUGUUUAACUUUUAUUUGAUACUGAUAUAUGUAGAAUAGCCCUCAGUUAUGUGAAACAAACAUUCAAUGUCCAGCUUUAUCAGGAGAUUUUGACACAGAUGACAGAAGCAUGGUAAGACAUUUGUACAUGUAGGUUACUAAUUGUAACCCUAAAGAAGUUUUGUCUUUUUUUCUUCUUGGAUACCUUCUUGGAGUCAAUUAGAAUGUAGUAUUUUACAUUUCCAUCAAAGUGUACCCUGGUGAAAAAGAAACAAAAAUGUUUCUUUGGUGUUAUUGCAUUUGGUCUUAUGUUCAGGAUUUCAUUUUGUAUACAAGCUAAUAAAGAGAUAAAUGAUAUGUCAUGGGGAAACAAUGCCUCAAAGUACACCUCUACAAAAACUUGUAUAUUAAAUAUAUAUCAUUGUAAGCUGCAAGCACUGCCAAUAUUCAAUCUUGCUGUGAGAAAUCUGAAGUGUGGCUAUAUGUUUUGGCCCAUCCACAAAGUUGGUUCUGUUACUUUGUAAAUGAACUAAUUUAUAUUCAUAAAAGUAGGUAUAUGAUGAGAGUGAUUUCCUGGUAUCAGCUUCUUUAUACAAUCUUAAUCAAUAUUGCAGCAGCUGCAGUGAAUUGGAAUGCCUGGCUGUUGAUGCCACCUGGAUUGAAACUACAAGUUAAGAAGCCACCCUUAAGGUAAUUUAUCUUGGCUGUUUUGAUGAGCAGUCACCUGCCAGCUUCCCUCAGCUGUUAUUGAAUGGUGACAUUUCUCAGUCAGUGGAGCAAGAUCUUAAAUGUUUAUUCCAAAGGAAGAGAAAAAGAAAAAAGCAACAACAACUCAGAUCCACCUUAAGCACAAGUUAAACCUAAAGGACUAUCCAGUUAGUAUUUUGCAUACUCUUCAAAUGAAAGAUGGAGGUACAAUCCCAUACCAAUGUCAUUAGGAAAUAAAUUUUUAAAAAGUGAGAAUAUUUUCUCUUUUAAAUGCCCAUCUUGUUUUGUUUUUGUAGCUUGAGAAGCUUGAUACAGAACUGAAAAAUUAUAAAAGUAACUCAAUCAAAGGGAGCAUCAUGUAAAAGUCAGUUAAUGGUGACUUAGAUUUUGCAUUUUUAUCCUUAAACCAAAUCACCGGAUGGUUAAUUAAAGCACUUGUUACAUGUACAUUGUUUACACUAGUGAAUCAGUCUUUAUUACUCUCAGAUUCCUCUGACCCCUUUCAUGGAAUUGUGUGCAUGUAUAGCAAAAAACUUUUACUUUGUUCUGUGAAUUGCAAUCAAGAGACUCUUCCUUGAUUUUAUUACAAAAUAAUCAUCUCUUUUUGUUUGAAAAAUUUAAAUAUGGUGUUGACUUUGAGAGGCAUCAAGUUGAACAUGCAUGAUGCCUUUACAUUAUAUUUAAACAUUAAGGGUGUUCACCAGGCUUACUUAAUGAAAAUUAUGAGUAUAACUGUUUCAGUUUGUACACCAUGUGUGUAGUUUUGCAUUUGUUACUUACAAGAAAUGUCUUUUAUUUGGCAGACGUGGACAUGAUGAUUUAGGGGAUCAUUACUUUGAGUGUGGAGACCUGAAGUUAGUUUUGUUUUAGCAUGAUUAUUCACAAGCAGCUGUUAUAAAAUUUGUCCUGUUUUUUUUCUCUAAUUUUGCUUUAAGAAAUGUGAACUCAGAAAUUAAAAUAAUUUGUAAUUUUUGAUAGUUCUACUGACUCCUCCCAUUUACAUUCACUACACAUAAGACUAUCACACAUAGUUCAUACAAAGAUUGUUUUUCUCGAAUAAUUUAGGAUUUUGUUCUCAGUAACAGUGUUUACCUGUUAAUCUUUUAACUGAUAACUUCUCUAUUGUAUCAUAUAGCAAUGCAUUAAAGUGUUACUCAAGAGCCAGAGACUACUGCACAACAGCAAAACAUGUCGUCAAUAUGUGCGUUAAUGUCAUCAAGGUAGGCCCUGCCACAUAUUUUUUGCUAUCAAUAUUAGUCAGUUUCAACCCUGUUUGUAAUCAGACUUUGUGCACAUCAUGGCAGUAUACCAGUCACUUAAAGCAUACAGCAAAAAAAACAUAGAAUUUGAAUUACAAAAAAAUGAUUUUUCCCCUGAGAAAAUCAAAGCAACAAAUACAGUGAUUGAAUGAUCAUUUAAUUAAGAACUACAAUCCUUGGAAAGUACAUGUACCUAACAAGACCUUGGAGAGAUCUUUUCUCUAUCAAAGUUAUGAGAAUUUUUUGUGUGUGAUUAUUAUGAACAAGGAACUGAGCACUGUUCAUUAAUACAAGAUAUUUAACUGACUGUCAUGUACAUAAGUGUUUGUCGUUUUUCUUUGAUUUGGAAAUUUUUUCAGAGUAGUCAUCCAAUGUGAGUUUUUUCCCCCUUAUUUCAAAUGAUGUAUAUCUGUGUCAAAGGAAAAUUAAACUAAUAUAAACUUUUCUGAAAAAGUCAAAACCACAAUAUUAUAUGCUUUAUAUUUAUUGAAAGCUGAAUAGCUGCAUUUAUAAGAAAUACUUUUAUUAAUCAAAGUAUACAAUGUGGGUUGGCACUUCUCUCUAAGUUUGCAAAAGUUAAGAACAAAACACAGACAUGGUGCUUGGAAACUAAGCAGACUUUGAACUUGACAUGAUGACUCAAUAUCUGCUCCGGAUAAUAGGUUAUCAUGUCAGCUUCACAUGCUAUAAUUGAAUAUUGACUGCAUGCUCUCCACCACUGAGAGUUUUCAUAGUAAGUCUAAUGUAUAUAACAAUGUAUAUGUAUAUUGUCUGCUUUUCAUUUUCAUGCCAUCUGCAUCCAAACCAGUCAACAGAGCAAUGAAGGCACCAGAUUUUCAAAAAUCAAAAUUUUGUUAUUUUCUAAUUUUGUAGCAGAAAGAUAGAAAACCAAAUCUGGUGACUCUAACCAAACUGAAGUGUGCUGCAGGUAUAUCUAUCUUUUGUCAAGCAAGUUUACAAAUAAUAAUUAUUAUUUAAGCACUUAUAAUCACUAAAGACAAUUUUAACUGAUCCCCACUCAUAAUUAUCAUAAUUUUUCUUGAUAGGCCUUGCAGAGCUUGCUACUAGGAAGUACAAAUCAGCUGCCUGGAAUUUUGUACAAGCUUCUUUUGACAACUGUGAAUGUCCAGAGGUUGGUUUUCAUAUAAUUUGGGACAAUGCUAAGUCCCAGAUGCACAUGUUUGUGAUGGUCUGUUGCCUGCACCACUGCCAUUGGCAAGUGUCAAGAUAACUAUCUAAUGUACACAAUGUCUUAUUUUCUUUUGCCUACUCUGAUCUCCCGCAUAGCAUUUAACAUCCAGUAAUUCCAUUUUUUUGUUGUUGUUGUUGUUUUCUUUGUCCUUUUUGUGAAAAGUUAAAUCCAAGAGUAUGAGGUGAAAGUUUAAGGCACAUCAUUACACUCAUUAUAGAUCAGCCUUGAUUUAAUAUUUUGUAUGACAUGGUAGAAAUCUUGAAUAUGGUGUACACUGUAGGUGUAUGUGAAUAGAAUCUUAAGUACAAGUAAACAUUCUUUUUCUUUUCUUUCCCUGGUUUUACAUUGCAGAUUAUUAUUCAGGUUAUGCCUGAUUGCACUUAAAAUACUAUGAAGUAUAAUGUUCCAUUUCUAAGAAACAAAGCCUUUCGUGAAAUCGAACUGUUGGUAGAGAUUAUGUCUUAAUUUCUUUAAUAAAGCAUAUUUUAUUCCCUUUUAUUCAUAUUGCGACCUUCAUGACUGAAUUUUUUUUUUUUUUUUUUUUUUCUUUUAGCCACAGUGAUCGUCGCUGGAGGUUUUAUAUCUGUCAAAUUAAAUCAAACACUGGGAGGAAAAAAUAAUGGAAGAAUUUUAGAUGGAUAAGAAACAACAUCAGAAGGGAUCAAGCGUGGGGCAUCUUAAAGUAGAUAUGAUUUAUAAGGGUUUUUUUUUAUAGGGCAAUGAAAUAAAAAUAGUUCUCUUGUUGGCCGAAACAGAGGGAGAUAAAAUCAUCACACGAACUUCUUCAGGUAGAAAGGGUAUAGACACCGGCGAGCUCCUAGAAAUCAGACUUAUUAUAUCUGAGGUUUCUUUUGUAAGGUUUGGCUCUUUUAAGUUACUCUUGAGCACGGCUAAGGAAAAGGAAAGAAUGUCGUAGGUUUGCGACCAGGAAUAUCACUGUGCCAGCUUUAGAAGUAUUUUCAUUAGAUUAUUAUUAUCAUUAUCGAUUUGAUCUGAUAAUUAACGGGUAAACGUAAGGGGAGCUAAGCUUUGCGUUUCGUAAUAAACACUUGCUAACAUCUUCAAAGUUUCUAAUUCUACGUUUUUGGUGCUUUUUUUAACCUGGGUUUGGCAGAAAGAAAGGGAGGUUUAUACCGCAUGAAAGUCUACAUGCCACGAUCUCUUUUUAAAUAUUUCUAACAGAUGACCUCGAGGGGAAAAAGGGACUUUCUUUACCAUGAUGUUGUAUCGAACCCUGUUACUUCUCCUGUUUGAACCUGAUUUAUUCAUUUUCGUUUUUGGUUUAUGGGUGUGACUUAAAUUAGGCCAUUUUCAAUGACCCCUUAUGGCUUUCACUGUUAUACAUGGCAUUACUUCAUAUGGAAUUAAAGAAUAUCAUACCAAAGAAAAAAUAAAAAAUAACUACUUGAAAGCGGGAGACAAUGGAAACAAUAAAACCGGGG